AUGAGUAGUGAUUAUAGCGAAGAGGAUGCUUCUGGGAAGUCAGGAAAACGCAAGGACAAAGUCAUAGAGCUGAUCGAGGUCGACGGGAAGAAAGUCAGCAAAACUUCAACUGGUAAACGAAAAUUUCACAAGAAGUCCAAAAACGGAUGCGACAACUGCAAACGUCGGCGUGUCAAGUGCGACGAGGGCAAGCCCGCUUGUCAAAAGUGUCUAGCCAUGAAUUUGGAGUGUUGCUACACACCAGUGGUGCCUCGCAAGCAAAAAAAUGCCAGCAACACCAAUCUGGACACUGUGAAAAUCGCAUCUCUUAAACACGAGGACCUUUCCGAAGAUCUCGAGCCGCAGAACUUGGAAGAUCUGAAGGAGGUCCCAGCAGCAUCACAGAACACUGCAAAGACGGGACACGCCGCCGCUAGCGGCUCCCAAAAACAAUCUCAAGUCCCGAACCCGGCUGCUGGCCAACUGGGUUCUCCGGAUAACCUUCUUUUACCUCCCCUGUUCCCUGGCGCGAACAUGCAGCUACAGCAGCAGAUCCAGCAGCAACCGCAAUUGCUACCACAACUAAUGACCUUAAGCAAUUCGGAGAAGUUUGCAGGAUUUGAUUUCCCCAACAGCCCACCAUUCCAGUCUACUUCCAUGAACAUUACCAAUAGCAUAGGCAGCUUUUUCGCUGCCAACAAACUUCUGCCCAACGUUAUGAACAACGUUUCCAAUUUACAACAACAACAGCAACAACAUCAGCAUCAACAGCAGCAGGAUCGGCCGCUUUCCUCCCCGCAAAAGCAGCAUUAUAAUCAACAUGUUCAAGCCUCGCCUCUUUCUUCGAUAUUACAAUCACAGGAAAUGGUACAAAGUCUGAGUCGGGCCGGAAUCAAUUUCAGACAGAUGGCGAUGUUCUCAACCGCUGGGAUCGGCGGUGUGACGUACGACCUUCAAGAGCUCAUGGGCAUGAAAUCUCAAGAAACCGGUGACGGGCAAGAGAAAAAUGCAAGCACCACAGCAGAAGAGGUCCUCGCCACACUGCAACGACAACAGCAAAACAUGCAACAACAGAAUACCUCGCAAAAAAAUAAUGACGGCCAGGUCAACGACGGAAGUGCAACAAACUUCUCGAGUCUCAACCCCGAGGCAACGCCAAACCCUGCCAACAAUCCUACCAUAUCACCUGCAGCGCCAAUGUCUCCUAUGGGUAAAAACGGAGCUUCACAUCUAGCACCAGACGGCCAUCAAUAUUACGGUCAGAAAGAACCUUCGAGUGAAACUCCUGGUCUCGACAGUAAACUCAUGGGAAAAUCCGCCAGUCAGGAGCCCAUCACGUCGGAAGAUGAGAAAUCUCGGCUUGGGGCGAUUCCAAGAUUAGUGCAACUUUCCAAGGAAGGUAGCCUGAACCUGGUGGACCUGAAGCUAUUCCAUCACUACUGUACUGAAACAUGGCCCACCAUAACCUCUGCGGGUAUUAGUGGGAAGAAAAUUUGGAGUGAUGAGAUACCGAAACUCGCUUUCGACUAUCCAUUUCUGAUGCAUGCACUGUUGGCUUUCAGCGCCACACACUUGUCGCGUAAAGAACCAGGUUUGGAACAGCAUGUCGCUGCGCAUCGACUCGAUGCUUUGAGAUUGCUGCGGAAAGCCGUUUUGGAAAUUUCCGAGGACAAUACGGACGCUUUGGUUGCAAGUGCACUAAUUUUGAUUAUGGACUCUUUGGCGAAUGCUUCUUCUCCCAAUUCCACCUCCCCAGAUUCGUUGGCUGCUUCCAUCUCUCCGUCUGCAUGGAUUUUCCACGUCAAGGGUGCUGCCACUAUUUUGACUGCUGUCUGGCCCUUGACUGAAAAGUCUCGAUUUCACAAUCUCAUCUGUGUCGACCUCAGCGACCUCGGCGACAUUAUUAACCAGGACAGCGGCACGGUUUCAGAGCUGGUGUGUUUUGACGAAAGCAUUUCGGACCUUUACCCUGUUGAGAUUGACUCGCCUUACCUGAUAACACUGGCAUAUCUUGAUAAAUUGCAUCGUGAGAAAAACCAAUCUGAUUUUGUUCUACGAAUAUUUGCUUUCCCUGCACUGUUGGACAAGACAUUUUUAGCACUUUUGAUGACAGGAGACAUGGGGGCUAUGCGGAUCAUGAGAUGCUACUACCAGCUUCUUCGUGGGUUUGCUACCGAAGUCAAGGACAAGGUUUGGUUUUUGGAGGGCGUCACCAAGGUCUUGCCGCAAGAUGUCGAUGACUACAGUGGUGGCGGUAUGCACAUGAUGCUGGAUUUUCUGGGUGGAGGAUUACCUUCUAUGACUACUACAAACCUUCAACCAGGUCUCACUGACUUCAUGUAA